AUGGAUCAUGACGAUACUAAGUUGAACAGCCAGUCACUUCGUGACCUCAAGAUGAUGUGGCCAAAGUACAAUAUAUCAGUGACCGUCAAAAUGCACGGAUUAAACUCGGAACUGGUUGAUCUUCUCUGGAAUACCCUGCCAUAUCGCGCUCUCCAGACACAUGCUUUGGUUACAGGUGACCACUUAUACCAUCUUGUUCCAUCAGAGCCCUUGAUUUAUAAAGCUGCUGAUCGAGCAAAGGAACCUGAUGGAACCGUUUUUCUUUCCAAGUUCCAGCACUUGGCCGUCAAAUAUGGCCAAGUAACGGAGCAUCACCCCGCAGCCCCUUGCGGCAAUGUCAUUCCCAAGGACCUAGAGAAGUUACGCCAGCUUGGAAAAGAGGUUUGGAAAAGUCAACUUGAAAAGAAAGAGCCCACUGAAGUGGUAGUUUGGGAUGCUUCGGGUCCCGAGCCCAGAUCUGAAGACCUAUCACUUCGCCUCCAGCGCACUGGGGUCACGGAAGAGGUCAAAAGCAUUGUCCAAGAAAUUCAUAAUGAGAUGGACAAAUCUUGGUCUGGAAUAUCCGACAAUGUCAACGCAAUACACCGCGGCCAAGCACCAGACCACCCAGGAUCUAAAAGCUCCUACUUUGCCGCAAUGCUCUUCGCAAAUAGUGAGGUUCGGACACUGGGCUAUUACGUCUUAGACAAUAUCCUCAAAAUAGCCGCAACGCACCCAGAAUUCGACCUUGGACAUUUGGUCAGAACUUGUUUCCGCCCGGCCGAGUUUCUAGGAUACGUCGGCACUGAAUUCCUACGCGAUAGUCACAGAAAGAUUGACGAGCUCGUUAAAUGCAAGGUUGAGACAAACGCUAAUCAGGAGGAGGCGCGGGAAGAUUUGCUCGCCAUGGUGAGUGUUUUGGCUCAGUAUAUCAAUCUCCUCAAUGCCCAGAAUUUGCUUUUAUUUCCUUGGAAGCAUACGCUCGAGUAUCCUAUUCCCGGGUCGUCAGAUUGA